AUGCCACGCACUAAUUCUUCAAGUUCUAAUAAUCAGAACAGACGCCGGCCAUUUCCCUCAUCUAGCCCGGGACCCCCGGCACGUAGAGGUCGAAUAAUUGAAUCUACAACACCAUCACCGGGGCCAAUAAUUCCUGCCGAUCAACAACUAAUAGAAAAUUAUUUAAAUAAUCAGCUCCGUCUGCCGGCAAACACAAAUGUAAAGUUUUCCAUUAUUAAUUUAAAAAUAUAUAAACACAUCUAA